AUCAGCCUUCCCCACCCGUACUGGCCUUUUGACUCUCUCUAACAUUUCACAACGAGGAUUUAAAACAAUAUAUGUGUCUAAUGUUUCAUACACCUCUAACGAACAAGGGCUUGAAGAACUAGGCUCAAAAUUUGGUAAAGUUGAAUCUGUUCGUAUGCCGAGGGAUUAUGAAGGCAGAAGUCGUGGUUACGGCUUUAUUGAAUUUUCGCAUGAAGAAGAAGCUGCAAAAGCUAUGGAAGGACUCAACGGAUUCGAGUUUGAAGGUAGGGAACUGAGAGUAGCCGAAGCUCGUGGUGGGUCUAGUGGUCCCCGUGGCGGACUUGGUGGCUAUUCACGUGGCAGUAACUUCGGGAGAUUUGUUGACCGUGGUGGUCGUGAUCAUAUUUGA